CAACAACAUAGCGUCAACUUCUCUCUAUAAAUACCAAGGACCCUUUGUAUUCAGGAUCUCGUGGCAAAGACGGAAUAUCAGAAAGAUAUAAGAGGAUACAGGGCUAAGCUAUAUAGCUUCAUAGCAAAACCCUGUUCCUUCAGUUUCAGUUUCAGUUGCUACACAUCUCCAAAGAGAGAACUCCAGCUACCAUGACUGCAUCAACUUCUCACCAUCCAUUGGCCUUUGCCUUUGGCAUUCUAGGCAACAUUGUCUCAUUCAUCGUUUUUCUAGCUCCGCUGCCGACAUUUUGGAGGGUGUAUAAAAGGAAAUCGACGGAGGGAUUUCAAUCAGUUCCAUAUGUGUUUGCACUAUUCAGUGCAAUGAUAUGGAUAUACUAUGCAUUCCUCAAGUCUCAUGUGAUCCUUCUCAUCACCAUCAACUCAUUCGGUUGUGUCAUAGAGACCAUUUAUAUUGCAAUUUACCUUACAUAUGCAACUAAGCAAGCGAGGGUGUCUACUCUGAGGCUGCUUUUACUGGUGAACUUCGGGGGAUUUUGCUUGAUUCUUCUUCUGUCUCGCUUCUUGUCACAAGGGCCGACCCGCGUCGAAGUUCUCGGAUGGGUUUGUGUGACUUUCUCUGUCGGUGUCUUUGCAGCACCUUUAAGCGUCAUGAGAAUGGUUAUCCGCACCAAGAGCGUGGAGUUCAUGCCGUUUAAUUUAUCCUUCUUCCUCACCCUAAGUGCCGUUAUGUGGCUCUGUUAUGGCUUACUCCUCAAGGAUCUCUAUGUUGCAACCCCAAACAUAAUUGGUUUCUCCUUUGGGGUGGUUCAGAUGGCCCUCUAUACAAAGUACAGGAACACCAAAACCAUUGUGGAGGAAAAGCUACCAGAACACAAGGCUGAUGUUGUAAAGCAAAUCACAAUUUUAACUACUACUCCUGAGGUGGAGGUACAAGUCCAAGCACCUGUAACCUCGGAUGCCAAUGGUACUGAUGAUCAUCAAAACUCUGAGCUUAACACUGACCAACAUGUGCAUGCACAAACAUGCCGCAACGAGAAGAUCAUCGAACCAUCCAUGCCAGGCCAACUAGUUACAUGUGAAGUUUGAAUAUUUAUCAUCUGCCGUUUGCCUGCUUGUACCUGAAUCAAUCGAGCUCGAUCGCUCUAUAUAAAUGUUUUGGACGUCAUGAUGCAUAUGUAUCAUCGUGUACAUAUGUCCUUUUGGUGCGUCUUUAGUUUUCCAUGAUGUUUAAUUUUCCUUUAUCUUUGUGUAAGCAUAUGAGGCUGGUUCAUGUUUAGACUAGCCUCCUCUUGUUCUUUCUAGGGAAUAACGGUCUUCACAGUAAUUAUGUAUGUUUCUUGGCCGUUUAUGAAAUAAAAUUUGGU